AGAGUGCAGACCAGAUUUGACAUAACCAAAAAGAGGUAUGAUUCUUGAAUUUUAUGCUGAGUGAAUUUUGUUCUAGAUUUUGUAUUUUCCUUCUUCUAGUUUUUCUUAUACUUUGUUUCAGUUAUGUUUUAGAACUUAUGUUUUGGGCUAUAUAACUGACGAGGUCUAGAAGUAACUCUGACAUCCUCUUUUGAACACAAAAUCAAAAUUUAUCCUCUUUAAAAAUGAAAAUGAAGCUCUAAUUGGUUUAAGAACAGGUAUCAGUAGGAAAGUUGUUAUGGUCUCCACACCUCUUUUUUUGUUGAUCCGUAGGUAGGGAAUACACCUCUUAAAUUCAGAUUCUCCAGAAUUUUUCGUAUCUCAGCAAAAAUAUUGUUUAGUCUGUGAGAUUGGUUGAGAUUUUGAGAAGGAGAAGAUCGUUCUUUGUCCAUGAGUAGCAUGGCAUAUUAACCAUUCAAUAUUUUGAAUCGUGUUUCCUUCGUAGAGAAAUGGACUGUCACGCGGUACGACCAUAAAACUUGAAAAUGAUAUUUUGUUCCAAGGCUUGAAGUGAAAAUAAUAUUUUGUUCCAAGAAGUUUAGAGAUUUAAAUUUCACCUCGUAUAGUUCUUCUAACCAUACGCCCUUUGUUUUUUUUAGUUUUUUUCUUAAUGUUAUAAAGGACUUUUUUUUUAGUUUUUUCUUAAUGUUAUAGAGGACGAUUUUGUUGGAAGAUUCGACUUGAAUAUUAACCCUAUAUAUGGAAUGGAGGAUUCAAAAAAGCGUGCGAAUAAGCAAUGAACUAGGAGCAGCUCAUCCGAGAGUAGCAAAAUUUUCUGUCUAUGUAGUGAAUGGAAAUAGCGUCCUCAUUAGCAUAGCUCUUUCCGCGAUUAUUUUGAUAUUCCGGGUUGUUUUGAGCAAGCUUUUCACUUCUGAUGCUGAAGUCAUUGAUGAAGUAUCUGCCUUGACUCCAUUGCUUUGCAUUUCUGUCCUACUAAAUGGCAUUCAACCUAUACUGUCAGGGGUUGCAAUUGGAAGUGGAUGGCAAGCUUUAGUGGCUUAUGUAAACUUGGCAUGUUACUAUGUUAUUGGUCUUACUGUUGGAUGUGUUCUUGGUUUUAAAACUUCUUUAGGAGUAGCUGGCAUCUGGUGGGGAAUGAUCCUUGGAGUUUUUAUACAGACUGUUACACUGAUCAUUCUGACUGCAAGAACAGAUUGGACUGCAGAGGUUGAAAAGGCUGUUGUUCGUGUCAAGAGGUCUGCUGAAGAUACCUUGGAUCAACUGGUUGCCAACAUAUAGAGGCAUUUCUCUUACUGUAUAACUUUUCUGUGCCAGGCAUGGAAGAAGACUUUAGCAGCAGAUUAGUCUUGGUUUUGUAGCACAAAAGGAUAGGUUUGGUUUGUUCUAUGUAUAGGACUCAACUAAGCUGGAUAUGGCAUGGUAGGUUGUUAGAAUUUGGGAGCAUUAGCUCUGGGAUUACAGGGAUCUUCUUCUGUAAUAGUAUCACCUUCAAUCAAUAAUACUAUUUUUUCUUUUCUCUUA